GGUUACCCAGACGGGUCUACACGCCCUGCAGAGUGAGAAAUUCCACAGCGUAUGUUGUUUAAUUGUUUCCCCAUGGAUUAACCUAUUCCUAAUGGCUACAGCAGUGAAUGGGACGAAGGCUGGUAAGCACGUCAGUCAGAUAGCGGUGGGUGGACCCGCCCCCUCCCGGAAGGAAUCUGUUUCCUCCCGGAAGGAGUCCAUCCCCUCAGCGUCCGCCUUCGGGGGCGACGAAAGACACUUCAACCUAGCGGUCAUCAACGGAGAGAGCACUGAGGUCAAAAGGCCAGUUAAUGGCGGGAAUAUAGAGGAUGAACUGGGGCCCGAAUUCGGAAAGGCGACGCUCUCAAAAUCCGCUCCUGUUGCAGACAUAGUGAGGGAACGUCUGACAAGUGAGGUACAGCCCCCGGAUCUGAACGAACUCACCAAUGGCAACGGUCACCAUGAAGCUAGUUCUCCAUCCAGUGAUUCUACGACAUCGGACGAGAAGUCUUCCCACAGUUCUUCUCUUGAGUUCCCAGAGCCCCACGGCGCUGUCACCAGUUGGACCCUCUUUGCGCAGUCGUUCUUUCAGUUUAAAGGCGCUCAUACCUAUUUAUGUGCAGCUCUUCAGCAGCCGCUUCUUCCCAAAAAAGACAAGGCAGAUGUUUUGGCUUCCUUGGCGGCCUGGGUUUCCAUCUUGAGGAUCAUGGGAGAUCUCCCGGAAUCAGAUCACGGGGAAACACUUGAUGUUGCUGGGAGUGCUCCACCAAUUAUAAGUCAAGUGAAACAGGGUUUUCACAAAAAGUACACAAAGCGAGAUGUGGACGAGGCUUACAAAAAAUACUCAGAACUGUUUAAGGACCCAUCUCAUUCUGAUGUCAAAAACAUUCCCUUCUUGUCUGAUAAAAUUAGCACGGUCCUGGAGAAAGUCCAAUAUGUCUGCGCUCUUGGAAUCUACAAACCGGAACUCAGGGACGAGAUAUUUUGCCAGGUCUGCAAACAGUUGACGAAUAACCCAUCCCGUAACAGUUCAGUACGAGGGUGGGUGCUUCUUCAUUUGUUGGCGGGUUGUUUUGCCCCGACAGAAAGAUUUUUCUCGUGUUUCCUCCAUUUUCUCCAAGAGUCCUCUCCAAUUUUCUCCUGCAGGGUCGAACGUCUAGUUCGGCGCACGGCUAUUGUAGGGACGAGGGGCUAUCCCCCCAGCUGGCUGGAGUUCCAGGCGUCAAAGAAUUGCAAACCCAUCUUGAUACCGAUGUCGAUGAUGAACGGACUGCGUAUGAUAGUGGAGGCUGACUCGGCUUCCACCGUCCAGGAACUCGUCCAUCAGAUUUGUCAUAAGGCUGGACUGCAGGACUCCUCUGGCUUUUCUAUAUACAUUACUCUCAUGCAACGUAUUUCAUGUCUCGGGAAUGGUACACAUCGUGUUAUGGACGCCGUGGCGGAAUGUGAACAGCACACGAAGCAAAGCGGCAUGCGUGAAAGUAGUUCCUCCUGGCGACUUUACUUCCGGAAGGAGUACUUUUUACCCUGGCACAAUCCCAAAGACGAUCCAGUAGCCACAGACCUCAUCUAUCAACAGAUCAUGCGCGGAGUCUCUGUUGGGGAAUACAAGAGCAAAACGGAUGACGAUUUGGCAAAAUUAGCCGCCCAGCGUUAUUUCAUUGAAAACCCAGGCGCUGUUGAAAAUACAAAAUUACAGACAUUUUUGACGGGUUGGCUUCCUGAAACAAACAAGAAAACUAUAGAUCUGACAUACUGGACGACAAAAGUUAUGAAUGUACUUCAAAGUGAUAUACCAAAGGACCGCAAUAAAGUGCGAGACCUCAAAUGUGAUGUUGUGAAUUUCGCAAAGGAUAAGUGGCAUGCAGUGUUUUCUCGAUUUUACGAUGCUCACAAAAUACAGAACGCUUCAAUGACCUGGCAGAACGUUAUUUUGGGACUGAACAAUAAAGGUCUGGAAAUCAUGGACGAGAUGGAGGAUGUUAAAAGUUCCAUUUCGUUCAUUGAAAUCACUGAUGUCUCCAAGGGAAGACACACGGUCACUAUCAGUACUCUACGGUCUGAGGACUUUGUAGUCAGUUCCAAUCACGCCGAUGACUUGUUUUCGCUGCUGACCAAGUUCAUGGAUGGUUUGCGACGGAAGUCAAAGUACGGCAUCGCUGUCCAGGAUUCCACGCAAAUUGAGGGUGCAAUCGGAGUUGGCCUUACCAAAGGAGAUCUGGUUGAACUGGAACAACCUUAUGAACAGUUCAUGUAUGAAGAUGUUUAUAGCGCCACCUGUGUAAGAACAGGGAAACUUAACAUGAUGCCAAGGGACUUAAUCUACGUCAUUCCGACAGUAGAUGAGCCAGCUCAUGAUACAUUAGGCAUGUUAACUGUUCAGUUACGCAAAGACCCCAGUGUUUUCCCAACCCAGCAAAUUGUUCAUCGAGAACACACGUUGCAAAUGUACGCCAAACUUCACUUCAGACAGGGUAGCGACAAUGCUGUUAGUAAAUUUUUGUCCAAAGCUUCAUUCAAAUCCUCAAAGAAGGACAAGGCACAAACAAACUGGCAAUAUCAAAAAGAAUCAAUCAAAAAGCCGCUGCUGAAGAGAACACAUCUCAGGGAGGAACUUAGAAGAGCCAGUUGCAGAAGUUUUCUUGCUAUUCAGCAGUACAUGGGGGAUUCUCCGUUACCUGACCAGAUGUCUGAAAUGGAAUUAUCUAAUGAAAACGUUAUUGAGCCAGGAAUGAGAAGCAGACACAUGCGAGAUGAAAUAUAUUGUCAGAUAAUCAAACAGCUAACAAAUAAUCCAAACAAGUCGAGUGAAGAUAGAGGAUGGAGACUCCUCUACCUCGUCUGCACAUGCGCAGUGCCAAGUACAGAACUCUAUGAUGAGUGUGAGCAAUUCAUGAGAGGCAGUAAACACCCGUUAUCUCAGAAAUGUCUGGCAAGGCUUCACCUCACCAAAUCCGAGGGGGCAAGGCAGUAUCCGCCACAUCCAAUGGAGCAUGCAGCAAUGGAGAGCAAGAAACACACAAUAAACAUCACUAUAGGUUUUCCCUUCCAGCAUCAGCAGGACUUUGAAGUGGACGUCAGCUGCCGUGUAGUAGAAAUCAAACGGGUCAUCAUGGAUGCGUUCGAUUUGGAAGGCAUCGACGAAUACGGGCUGUGUUUUGGAUUGAAAGAUCGAGUGAUAAGUGCUCCAGAUGGCGAGUUUUUCUUGGACUCUCUCACAAAUGUAGAGCUUUUCUGGGCAAAGCAGAUGAGGUCGCAGCGAUCAAGUGUGACGGAAUCCAACAAAGGGUCCCCCGAUUUCUCGGCUCCCACCACCGUCCACGUGUUCUUCCUGAAGAAGCUCUGGGUGAACUCCGAACCCGGCAAAAAUAAGAACGCGGAUUCCAUGUUUCAUUUUCCACAGGAGGUUCCUAACUACCUCCGAGGCUACCACAACUGUUCGGACAAGGACGCCGGGCACCUUGCCGCUUACAUCUACAGGGCGCAGUUUGGAGACGACAUGUCGGCCCUCUCAGAUUUUGAAUCCAACAUGAAAGCUCUUAUUCCGCAUCCAGUCUUAGAGAAGAAACCUCCAAAUGAAUGGAAACAGCUGGUUAAGGAGGAAAUCAGUAGAACAAAGGGAACUAACUCUGAUAAAGCAAAAUUAGCUUUCCUGAAAAUCAUUCACCAGUGGCCAACCUAUGGAUCGGUCUUCUUCACAGUAAAGCAAAGAUCAAUGAAAAAUUACCCCAAGCACGUACUGUUCGCUGUCAACGUCCACGGGAUCAUGUUCUUAGACGUCACGUCCAAGAACGUAAUAGCCAAGUACGAGUAUAGCCAGAUCCCUAACUGGGCCUAUGAUGAGCAGUCCUUUACCCUUGUCGUAGGAGACGGUCCCAAUGCAACCAAGAUUUACAUGGAAACUAAUCUGGGACACAAUAUGGACGACAUCAUCAUGUCCUAUGUAGCCUGGAUGAUGAAUACACACAUACAGAAGAGGCCGUCAUAUGCAGGAGUGACUCUUUAUGAUGCUAUUGACGACAAGGAUGGAGUUACAGCUGGAGCAUUAUUUUCCUUUGAUCAUCCACAUGUGGCAAAUCCCCGUUUGCAAAUAGAGAGACCUGAACCAGCUGUUCAGAGGGUGUUUGAUUCUCCAGUAGACGAACUAGUGGCUGCUCACAUCAGAUGUUGUUGGGCAGUAUCUAAACAUGACUUUAUAGAAGCCUAUGGAUGCCAGGCAGUCGCUGUUCAAGCUUUCACAAAACUCUUUCAAAGCCAAAAAGAUGAAAACUGGUCACUCCCUGUGAUGUUUGCUGUAUGCCUUGAUCUGAGGUUAUUUGCUAAUUCAGCAGAUGUGCAGGCUCAGAAAAAAGGAAAAGGCAAGGCCGGGGAGAGACUGGAAAAGGCAGCAGAGUUAUUGAUGGGCUGCUUCAGAGUGUGCGCUUCAGACAAUCGUGCCUCUGUAGAAGACACAAAGAAAUGGGGGAUGUUGAAUCUUGUUAAUCAGCUCUUUAAAAUUUACUUCAAGAUAAACAAGCUUCACCUCUGUAAACCUUUGAUCCGUGCCAUUGACAGUUUACCUCUAAAGGACAGGUUCCCUUUAGCUCAACAGGUGACAUUCAGAUAUUAUGUGGGAAGGAAAGCCAUGUUUGACAGUGACUUCAAAAGUGCUGAUGAAUUUCUGACAUUUGCUUUCACAAGAUGUCACAGAUCAAGUACAAAGAACAAAAGAAUGACUCUUAUCUACCUUCUCCCUGUCAAAAUGUUAUUGGGAUACAUGCCUUCCCAGAGAGUGCUGAAGAAAUAUGAUCUCUUGCAGUUUGCUGAAGUUGCCCAGGCUGUCAGUUCAGGGAACCUCUUAUCUUUGAACAAUGCAUUAGAGAAAAAUGAAGCAUUCUUCAUCAAAUGUGGAAUCUACCUCAUUCUUGAGAAGCUAAAGAUCAUCACUUACCGCAAUCUCUUUAAGAAAGUUCAUCUCAUCCUCAACACUCAUCAGCUCCCAAUCGAAGCAUUCACUGCAGCACUCAGAAUGAUGAAGGUGGAAGAUAUUGACAAUGAUGAAACAGCAUGUAUAAUUGCCAACCUAAUAUAUGAGAACAAAAUCAAGGGAUACAUUUCCCAUCAACACCAGAAGUUGGUAGUGAGCAAACAGAAUGCUUUCCCUAAACUUUCCACAGUAUUGUGAAGUCAAACAUUUUCAUGACUUAGACUGAGAUCAAUCAAUCAUGAUUGCCUAUUCAAGAUGAAGCUGUUAAGUUUGUUAAGAAAGGUACAUUUACAAGACGUUUCAGAUAAAUUUAAGGUUGUAUCAAUGAUACUGUACCAUUGUGUCAAUUGCUUUGAGAUUACAGACUCUUCAAAGAAAACAAAAGAAAUUGUGCUAAACUAUUCAACAAUUGGCAACUAAUUGUACUGAAGGAGGUAUGAAAGAGAGGGAAGAUAUAUUUUAAUCUGCUAAUCUAAAUAUUGGUGAAUGAUAAUAAAGGCACUGUAUUUUAUACUCUGCCAAAAGGAAGUGGGUGAAUAUCAAUUGAUAAAGUGCUUAUUUACUGCAAUUUAUUGUUUGUAACAAAGUGCUGUAUAAACAGUUUUAUAUGGUCAUUAGAUAAAGAAGAUGUCAGUAACAAGAAUUCAACAAAUAUGAAAUAAAUCUUGUGAAUUUUA